AUGGAGGAAAAACACAAAAUGGCCGACGGCGUCUUUAACGGGACGCAACAAAAACACUACACAGCUCUGCCUCAGUUCCACACUCCAAUCCCAAUUGAUGGGAGGUGCUCUUGCCACGUGCAUCUGUCUGACCCUCUGCACCUGUCCAGUGCACCUGCGUUCGCUGAGCUCCCAUUGGUCAGUCUGUCCCCGGUCUCCAUGGCGACAGAGUUCUGCCCCGCCCCCACGUACGUGCACACUCAUGUGCACGGCUCCGUCUUGGCCGAGAUGUCUACAGAGCAGCUAAAGUCUGAGUACUACAGCCUGAUGUCCACCAGAGGGCAGUACUCAGACCUGCACAGCCCACACUGUCUGCACAAAGUCCCCCGCAGUCCCCUCCUCAGCAGACGGAGGGCGCUGUCUGUGUCUCCUCUCUUGGAUCCUGCUCUUGACUUUGGGACCGUGUUUCGGAACACAAACCACAGCUUGGUCACCGUGCUCAACCGGCCAAUCACAGCGCAGUACACUCACCUGCUUAGUCCGUCUCUUCCUCCCGUUACGUACCAUCCGCUCCUGACCAAUCACAGAGGCUACAGCCUUGGCCCCGCCCCGCCGUUGCAUCUGCUGACCAAUCAAAGAAGCUUUGGCUUAAGUCCCGCCACUCCUCUGCACCUCUUGACAAAUCAGAGAGGCCCGUGCUCUGAACCGGUGUGUCAAUCAAACGUCCCAAACACAAACGCAGUGAGCAGAGAGUCGCCUCGGACCCCCGGCUGUGACCCGCUCGUCAGCAGCAGUGUGGACUCCGCCCCCAAGAGGAACAUCAAAGGAGAAACCAGAAGGCCCCGCCCCCCCUGCUCAGUCUCCCCGGUUACUAUGAGCAGUGCAGACUUCAAAGACCAGGACCAGGGCCCGGACCAGGGCCCGGACCAGGGCCCGGACCAGGGCCCGGACCAGGACCAGGACCAGGACCAAUCCAGACCCGGAUUUGAGCCAGUCUAUGAGACCAACUGUCUGUGGGAAGACUGCAGAGACGAGUUUGACUCACAGGAGCAACUGGUGCAGCACAUCCACUCUGCCCACAUCGCUGAUCGCAGAGACUUUGUUUGUCGAUGGAGACUUUGUUCUAGAGAAAAGAAACCGUUCAAGGCGCAGUACAUGUUAGUGGUCCACGUGAGGCGCCACACUGGAGAGAAGCCCCACAAGUGUACGUUCGAGGGCUGCCUGAAGGCGUACUCUCGACUGGAGAACCUGAAGACCCACCUGAGGUCUCACACUGGGGAGAAGCCGUAUGUGUGUGAACAUCUGGACUGCUCCAAGGCUUUCUCCAACGCUUCGGACCGAGCAAAGCACCAGAACAGGACCCACUCCAGCGAGAAGCCGUACGUGUGCAGAUUUGCUGCGUGUACAAAGCGUUACACCGACCCGAGCUCUCUGCGCAAACACGUGAAGACUGUGCACGGGCCAAGCGCGCACGUAAAGAGCACGCACGUGACCCGGCGACCGAGAGCACCGUGCAGAGGAGAGCAGGAGGACUGCAGCAGCUCUGAGGCAAGACACUUUACCCCCAUUGCCUAG